AUUUGAACUCAGUGGCUUCCGUAGGGCCAGCAUGGCGGCGACUGUGCUGCGAGAGUUGGGUGCACUGUGGAUACCUAACCUGAGGAUCUGGGCAACGCAGACGCUGCGAGUUUUACCCCGAUCGUGUAUCCACACAAGUGCUUCUCUUGACAUUUCUCGAAGAUGGGAGAAGAAGAAUAAUAUUGUUUACCCACCACAACUGCCUGGUGAACCUCGGAGACCAGCAGAAAUUUACCAUUGUAGAAGACAAAUAAAAUACAGCAAGGACAAGAUGUGGUAUCUGGCAAAACUGAUACGAGGCAUGUCCAUCGAUCAGGCUUUGGCUCAGUUGGAGUUCAAUGACAAAAAGGGGGCUCAAAUAAUAAAAGAGGUACUCUUAGAAGCACAAGACAUGGCAGUGAGAGACCAUAAUGUGGAAUUCAGAUCCAACUUAUAUAUAGCUGAGUCUACCUCAGGAAGAGGCCAAUGCCUGAAGCGCCUCCGUUACCAUGGCCGAGGUCGCUUUGGUAUCAUGGAGAAGGUCUAUUGCCACUAUUUUGUGAAGCUGGUGGAAGGACCCCCACCCCUACCCGAAGCACCCAAGACAACAAUUGACCAUGCCAAAGAGUAUAUUCAGCAACUUCGAAGCCGGACUAUCAUCCAUACUCUGUGACGGUCAUUCUGGUUCCACAGUGUAUAUAGCUUAUGUUUAUUUUAAACAGUAAAAACAAGUGGUUUUUAUGCUUUGUCAUUGAAUUUUUGAAGUGCAGUAUGUAACUGCAAGGGUUUUUUUUGAGUGUGUGGGAGUUUAUGUACAUGUGUGUGGAUGUGCAUAUCCGGGUGUGCAUGUCCAGAGGCCAGAGGAUAAUGUUUUUGUUUCAUUUUUCAAGGUAAAGAGGAUUUGAACCAACCUUAGCAUUGCAUUCUAAAACCAGACAGUAGGUGGCGCUCUCAUAGCAGAAAUUAAUAUCAAAGUAGUAGUGCCUGACCCUCAGAUCCCUUUCCCCCUCCCCCUCUCUUCCUCCCUCUUUCUCUGUCCCCCCACCCCUGUGAAGAGUGACAUUAGUAUUUUGAUAUGAUUGUUUCAUCUGUACAUUACUCCUUAUAAUAGAAACAGUU